UGUUUGGGGUGGUGAGAAAAAGAGAUUGUUACAAAAACUAAAAGGACAAACUUGCUGUAUUGCGUCAGAUAUGCGAGUAGAUAGCCCAGGUCACAGCGGGUUGUUUGGUUCCGGGAGUUCUUUGGACGUCGAUAACAAUGUCAUACUUGAUACACAGAUCAUAAAGAGCACUGAAGUCAAGAAUUCCAACGCCAUGGAGCUAGAAUCCAUCAAGCGUCAACUUGCAUACCUCGAAAAUGGUGAUGUUAAAAUUACCAAGCUUGUGACUGACAGACACAUCCAAGUUACAUCUUACAUGGCUAAGGAGAAGCCAGAAAUAGAACAUGUUUAUGAUGUUUGGCAUGUGGCCAAAGGUGCAGCUAAUUCUCUGUUUGCAAGUAUUAAUCACUCAAAUAUAAGUGCAUCAGUUGUGGAUCAAAUCACUGGAAUUGUGAAUCAUGUGAUUAAGUAUGAUGUAUUUAAAUUGAACCUUUUAGGAGAGAAAAAGAGGUUACUUAAACUUGCAAAAAAGAAGAAAUUUUGUGCAAUUAAGCCUUGGAUUGGGUCCAUCAUAAAUCAUUUGUAUUGGGUGGCAAGCUCCAGCAGCACUGAAAUUGAAAAAGAAGAAAAGUGGAAAAGUUUGGCAAAUCACAUUGCUGAUAUUCAUACUCAUGAAGACAACAAGGUGUUUACCAAAUGCUUGCAUGAAGCUACUAAACGGCAAUGGUUAAAAAAAGGUAGUGCAGCUCAUAAGAAACUAACUGAACUUAUUUCAAGACCAAGAUUGAUAAGUGCAGUUAGAAAGUUGUCAAGUCACCAACAAACAUCAGGCUUGGAGGCAAAGCAUUCACUUGAUAAUCUUUUUGCAUCAAAAAAUACAUACUAUCCAUAUCACUCAAUCAUGGCCAGGUUAUUUUGUGCAAAUUUACAUUAUAAUGAAAAUGCUAAUAGACCCCAAGCAACAACACAAAAAGGUGAUAAAAGAUGGUCAGUUGCAUACCCUAAAGCUCACAAAGGAGAAAAAGCUGUGGCCAAACCAAUAAGCGACUGUCCUACCUACAAUUAUGUGCAAGAUGUUCUGACUGAGUGUCUGAGACUUCGCAAAGAUUUCAACACCACAAAAAUAGCAUUGGAGAAUGCAAAAACAUUGCUUACGAAAGAACCUCCCUCACUUGUGGAAACAUACUUGUGUGGGAAGCAAAGGCAGCCAAAAAAUGAAGUCAUUCUUCGCAGACACAGUAGAUUUACAACGCCUGCUUUGCCCGACGAUAAAAUAAAUGACAAAGUAUGUCUUUGCAAGGGAAAAUGUGCUACAAGCCAAUGUUAUUGUAGGAAUAAGAAUCGUCCAUGUACGGAAAGUUGUGGUUGCCAAACCAUGAAAUGCAACAAUAUAUGAUGAAAAUUUAAAAGCCUUGAAAUCGCAAAUACCU